AAAACCGGGGACCUGUACGCCGUCAAAGUCUUCAACAACCUGAGUUUUUUGCGGCCGCUCGACGUCCAGAUGAGAGAGUUCGAGGUUCUGAAGAAACUAAACCACAAAAACAUUGUGAAGCUCUUCGCUGUAGAGGAAGAGUCAAACACUCGCCACAAGGUGCUGGUGAUGGAGUACUGUCCCUGUGGAAGUCUCUACACCGUGUUAGAGGAGUCGUCCAAUGCGUACGGACUCCCGGAGGACGAGUUCCUCAUCGUCCUGCACGAUGUCGUGGCAGGUAUGAACCACCUGAGAGAAUACGGCAUCGUUCAUCGCGACAUUAAACCAGGAAACAUCAUGAGGGUGAUCGGAGAGGACGGCUGCUCUGUCUACAAACUGACGGACUUCGGGGCGGCGAGAGAGCUGGAGGACGACGAGCAGUUUGUGUCUCUGUACGGCACCGAGGAAUAUCUGCAUCCCGACAUGUAUGAGCGCGCGGUGCUGAGAAAAGAUCACCAGAAGAAGUACGGCGCCACCGUGGAUCUGUGGAGCAUCGGCGUCACCUUCUACCACGCCGCCACCGGCAGCCUCCCGUUCAGGCCGUUCGAGGGGCCGCGCAGGAACAAGGAAGUGAUGUAUAAAAUCAUCACAGAGAAACCGUCCGGGACGAUCUCCGGUCACCAGAAGUGUGAGAACGGGAAGAUCGAGUGGAGCACGGAGAUGCCGGUGUCCUGCAGUCUGUCAAAGGGUCUGCAGAGCCUCCUGACUCCGGUUCUCGCCAACAUCCUGGAGGCCGAUCAGGAGAAGUGUUGGGGCUUCGACCAGUUCUUCGCCGAGACCAACGACAUCCUGCACAGAACCGUGGUUUACGUGUUCAGUCUGCAGCAGGCGACGCUGCAUCACGUCUACAUCCACGAGUACAACACGGCGGCGCUGUUCCAGGAGCUGCUGUCCCGCAGGACCAGCAUCCCUCUACACAACCAGGAGCUGCUGUACGAGGGCCGCCGCAUCGUCCUGGACCCAAACCGCCAGGCCAAGACCUUCCCCAAGACGUCCAGAGACAAUCCCAUCAUGCUCGUCAGCCGCGAGUCCGUCGCCACCGUCGGACUCAUCUUCGAAGAUCCGAGUCCUCCUAAAGUCCAGCCUCGCUACGACCUGGACCUGGACGCCAGCUACGCAAAGACGUUUGCAGGCGACGUGGGUCACUUGUGGAAAACCUCCGAGUCUCUGCUGGUUUAUCAGGAGCUGGUGAGGAAAGGAGUUCGAGGUUUGAUUGAGCUGAUGAAGGAGGACUACAGUGAGAUCCAACACAAGAAGUCUGAGGUUUUCCAUCUGUGUAACUACUGCACACAGAUACUGGAGAGAGCUGAGCAGCUGUUCGAGGUGUUGAUGCAGGCGAACCUUCUGUCGUCAGAGUACGACGAGAUCUCAGACAUGCACAAGAAGGUCGUCAGAAUCUCUGGAACUUUGGAGCCGAUUGAACGAACGACACAAGACGUCAAGAGUAAGUUUCUCCCAGGAGGCCUCCUGACGGACGGCUGGACGCAGCAGGUGGGGACGCACCCCAAAGACAGGAAUGUGGAGAAGAUCAAAGUCCUGCUCGACGCCAUCACCGCGAUUUAUCAACAGUUCAAGAAGGACAAGGCCGAAAGACGUUUACCGUACAACGAGGAGCAGAUCCACAAGUUUGAUAAACAGAAGCUGGUUCUUCACGCGAGUAAAUCUCGUUCACUGUUCACUGAAGAGUGCGCCAUGAAGUAUCGGCUGUUCAUCUCCAAGAGUGAAGAGUGGAUGAG